AAAAUUAUACUCUCUUCUCUUUCUUUCCCUCAUUUUCUCUCUCUUUCCCGCAAUCCAAUCAGCAUUUCAUAGUUGCAGAAGCAGCAGUCGUCCUAGAUUUUGGUUCUCAAGUUCGUUAUUUAACGGUUUUUUCAUCUCCCCAUUUUGCUCUUUUCCUCCCCCACCAAUGUUUUCCCGGAAAGAAUAGAUCUUUCGGGUUUCAAAGUUGUAAUCUUUACACAGAAAAAUUAUCCCCCCCUUUUUUGUGAAAGAUGAUUUCUUGGAAGGAUCUGUACAACGUUUUGGCGGCGGUGAUUCCGCUGUAUGUGGCUAUGAUUUUGGCGUACGGGUCGGUGCGGUGGUGGAAGAUUUUCACGCCGGACCAGUGCUCCGGUAUCAAUCGCUUCGUCGCCAUAUUCGCCGUCCCUCUGUUGUCAUUCCACUUUAUUUCCGUUAACAAUCCGUACGCCAUGAAUUUAAAGUUCAUCGCUGCCGACACACUUCAGAAGAUCAUCAUGCUUGUCGUCCUUGGGCUGUGGAACUUCACCAGAAACGGAAGCCUGGAGUGGAUGAUCACCAUUUUCUCACUCUCGACCCUGCCCAACACUCUGGUCAUGGGCAUUCCCCUGUUAAUCGCCAUGUAUGGGCAGUAUUCCGGUAGCCUGAUGGUCCAAGUGGUGGUUCUCCAGUGCAUCAUCUGGUACACUUUGCUUCUUUUUCUCUUCGAGUAUCGCGGCGCCAAGUUGCUGAUCAUGGAACAGUUUCCGGAGACUGCCGCCUCGAUUGUUUCGUUCAAGGUCGAUUCCGACGUGGUCUCGCUCGAUGGACGCGAUUUUCUCGAAACAGACGCUGAAAUUGGACAAGAUGGGAAGCUUCACGUCACUGUGAGGAAAUCUAAUGCUUCUCGAAGGUCUUUUGCAAUGACGCCGCGACCGUCCAACCUUACCGGAGCAGAAAUAUACAGCUUAAGCUCAUCUCGGAAUCCCACACCCAGAGGUUCGAAUUUCAACCAUUCGGAUUUCUACUCCAUGAUGGGAAUUCAGGGAUUUCCGGGUAGACAAUCCAAUUUCGGGGCUGGCGAUGUAUACUCUGUUCACUCAUCAAGAGGGCCGACUCCGAGACCCUCAAAUUUCGAAGAGAAUUCUACGGUAAUGUCUCCAAGAUUCGGGUUUUACCCGGCGCAGACGGUCCCCACUUCGUACCCUGCUCCAAAUCCCGAGUUUUCAUCAGUAACCAAGAACACCAAAAACGGCCAGCCACCGCCGCUACCACAACCCCAAGCUCAGCUGCCGCAGCAGCAUCAGCAGCAGCAGCAACAGUGGGAGAAUGGUAAAGUGAAUCACGACGCGAAGGAGCUCCACAUGUUCGUAUGGAGCUCGAGUGCGUCGCCUAUAUCGGAAGCAGGCGGGCAUCAAGUUCUUGGCGGGACAGAGCAGUCCGGACGGUCCGAUCAGGGAGCCAAGGAGAUCAGGAUGUUAGUCUCUGAUCAUCCUCAUAAUGGGGAAAACAAAGCAAUUUCAGCAAGUGACUUGGAUGGGGAAGAAUUCAGCUUUGCCGGAAAAGAAGAGGAGGAUAGGGAAAAGGAGGGACCCACUGGACUCAACAAGCUGGGGUCCAGUUCAACAGCCGAGCUUCACCCAAAAACCGCCGGAGUUGUGGAGUCCGGUGCCGGAAAACAAAUGCCCCCAGCCAGUGUUAUGACCCGACUGAUCCUGAUCAUGGUUUGGCGCAAGCUCAUCCGCAACCCCAAUACAUAUUCUAGUCUCAUCGGUCUUGCUUGGUCUCUUAUUGCUUUUAGGUGGCAUGUGAGUAUGCCAAAAAUAAUACAGAAGUCAAUCUCCAUACUGUCUGAUGCUGGGCUAGGAAUGGCUAUGUUUAGCUUAGGACUGUUUAUGGCUUUACAACCUAGAAUAAUCGCCUGCGGAAACUCUAUUGCCGCCUUUGCCAUGGCAGUAAGGUUCCUAAUUGGUCCAGCCGUGAUGACGGUGGCUUCCAUUGCUGUUGGAUUACGCGGCACCCUCCUCCACAUUGCCAUUGUUCAGGCUGCCUUACCACAAGGAAUUGUACCUUUUGUGUUUGCCAAAGAGUACAAUGUCCACCCUCAAAUUCUUAGCACUGCGGUUAUCUUUGGCAUGUUGAUAGCAUUACCAAUUACACUUAUGUACUACUUUCUUCUUGGACUGUGAAUUAUCCGAUACCAGGAGCAAGAUUUAUGUUCGAUUUCAUGGCAAUUAUACAUGGAACAAAAGCAUUAGUCGCACCGGAUUGAUUAUGUUCUUCAUAACACGGGUUUCCAGCAAAGAAGAUUGUAGGACAAAAUAGUUCCAAAAUUUUUGGAACUUACGAUUAUAUUUGACAAAGUAACAUUAUAUAAUGGCUCAUAAUAUAGGGACGAUGCCUCCAUUACAAGCCAAGAUUACUCAAAUUCCAGAAUUUUGAAAGGAUAAGAAAGGAGGGCCAACGAAGACUAAUGGGAGACAAUAGGGAGGAAAACAGGGAAGAAAAGAGGUGCUGAUGUAAAGUUAGGUGUCAAACUCUAACUCUACCGUUACAAAGAGACAAAGGAAUGUGAUAAAUCAAAUGGAGGAGAAAAUGUUUUUCUUUUCUUUUUUUUCUUUUUUUUUUAAUUAAUAAUCUCUUUCUGUUUUUAAUUCCUCUGUUUUCAAUGUUGGAUUUCAUUGUCCGUGGAACCUGCAAUUAUUUGCGUUUGUCGUUUUUCUUUUAAGAAAGAGAGCAAUAUUUAAUCAUCCAUGAUACCCUUCGUUAAUACUAC